UUGAAGUAUCAUCAAAUUAAAUUUUUCAAUUAUCCUUUUCCUUUUCUGUUUUUAAAUCAGUAUCAAUCAUAUCAAGUCAACAUGGGUAGAGAUCACACCACCAAACAACACGCCAGAUCUGGUCACAGAGAAGCUCCAAAGUCUGACAAUGUCUACUUAAAAUUAUUAGUCAAAUUAUACUCCUUCUUAGCUCGUCGUACUGAUGCUCCAUUCAACAAGAUUAUUUUAAAAUCUUUAUUCUUAUCUAAGAUUAACAGACCACCUGUUUCAGUUUCUAGAAUUGCUAGAGCUUUACGUCAAAAGGGUGCUGCUGAAAAAACCAUUGUUGUUGUUGGUACCGUUACUGAUGAUAACAGAUUAUUAGAAUUCCCAAAAGCUACCGUUGCUGCUUUAAGAUUCACCGCCGGUGCUAAAGCUACCAUCUUAAAAGCUGGUGGUGAAGUUAUCACUUUAGAUCAAUUAGCUUUAAGAGCUCCAAAAGGUCAAAACACUUUAAUUGUUAGAGGUCCAAGAAACGCCAGAGAAGCCGUUAGACAUUUCGGUAUGGGUCCUCACAAAAAUAAGGCUCCAAGAAUCUUAUCUAAAGGUAGAAAAUUCGAAAGAGCUAGAGGUAAGAGAAACUCUAGAGGUUUCAAAGUUUAAGCUAAUUAAUUUAAUUAAAUUAGUUCUUGGCUUUGCUAUUCCCCUUCAUUUCCACUCAUAGUUUAUACGAUCUCUUUAAUUUGUAUUUAAUGUAUAAUAAAUAAUAUAGGUUUUCCAAAAGAGGU